CCCAUGGCAGCUGGAAUUACUCCACCAGGGAGUGUCCUCGAGUCUCCCCUCACGCCACCACCCACCGAAGAAAAACCAUUGUCAAGGAGUGCUCAAAGCGUCGUGAAGUUUUUGCAGCUCCACCUAGCAGGUCAUCGGCCACAACCUUGGUGGGAGCGUCGACUCAAACCGGACCACUAUACACAAGUCUUGCGUGUGUUGGAUGCUGACGAACCUCUUCGGAAUUACGUGGAGGACAAAAUACGUUGGUCAUAGGUACGACUACGAUCCUUGCCGUCAUUGCCUGGCAAUCCGAAUGCCAAGUCCUCUCCAUGAUAUAUUCUGUGCAAAGAUUGUCGAUGAAAUAUUAAGGCAACUGAGGCAAUUUCAGCAAAUCGAUGGGCCCGUUGCUGAUUUCUCCAAGGAGGUCGAGCAUUUUGCCACUUCGCGAAUCUUAAUACCUGAAGAUACGGGAGAUGGAAGACAGUCUUAUUCCAGGCGGGAACCCGACGCAUCCUUUGGCCACCGCCAGGCACACUACCCCGGUGUAAUCGUGGAAGUGUGCUAUUCACAAAAGAGGCAGCGGGUCUCACACCUGGCUGAUGAGUAUAUUUUGAAUACUGAUGGAAGUGUGAACGCCGUCAUCGCCUUUGAUAUUGACUACAAAGGCUCCAAGAGAGCGACCGUUACUAUAUGGCGACCGGAAUAUGUAACAGUCGAUGGUGUGGAGGAGUUCCGGGCCACCGCUGUGGUCGAGGCGCAACUAUUUCGGACGGACUCUGGAUUUCCAGUUGAUGGUGUUUUGAUACAGCUGUCGCUCAGGGACUUCGGGACAGAAGACCUGUGUAGUGGGAGGCCUGGGCUCGACCGACAAAUUCAUAUUACAUCGGAGCAGCUCUGUGAUUUCCUCUCCAGUGCCGAAGCUAGGCAACAGUCCCAGACGCAACUCCAAGGCUCAAUCAAUCGAGUUCGACCGGGCGUUUUGAAACGUCCUCGACCACAGACCCCGCCAGAACAGAUAAGCUCAGAGGACGAAGGAUCUGUCGAAAGAAAAAGGGACAGCAAACGUGGACGUCGAAGUAGCGACUACCGUCCCAGCUCCUCUUCGGAGGACUCGAAGAGCGAGUUUUGAAUGUGUAGAUACAAUGCCGUUCUCGUCGUACUUGCUGCAAUACAGGUGGGGAAGUGAAGGAAACACGUUCUAAACGAAAUCAUUAUUUAACUUAGAUUACUGGCAUGGUGAUGGUAUUCUUUAUGCAAGCAUUUGGGGCUAGUCUUACAUGGAGUAGGAUUCUUCCUAUCCUGUUGUUUGCCGCCCGAGGGAAAUUCUGGUUUCCAGUUGUUAGUUUGAAUAGACAAGUAAAUUGAAAAAAUGAAAACGGGUAGCGAAACCAGCCUUCUGGUAAUGCAGGG